GUAAUUUCAGGAUUAGUAGUGAGUCAGUGGCCUAUGAGAGACGUCGAGGAAGUACAAUAUGGCCGCUGCGAUCUUCUCCUGGCAUCACUAGUUUGGAGAGAGUUCUAAUUAAGAGUGAUUGAAUCGUCUCAUCCCUUUUUCCCCGAGUGCCCUAGCCUGAAUCCGACUCCUCUUACGUUAUUCAAUCCUUUGAACGUGAAGAAGACUCAGUUCAGGGUGCUUCUCGCAGUUCAGCCAAAAUGUUCAUAACAUCUGCCGGUGGGAUCUUAGCUCUUCUGGAGGAGCCGAUGCCAGAAGUGCAAGUCUUUGCGCUCCAGAAGCUCAACGACAUCGUCGACGAAUUUUGGCCCGAAAUAUCAGAGUCCAUCCAACGCAUAGAGAUGCUGUACGAAGAGAAGAGUUUUAGUCACCGCCACCUGGCAGCCUUGGUCGCUUCCAAGGUCUACUAUCACUUGGGAUCCUACGGAGAUUCGCUAACGUAUGCCUUGGGAGCGGGAGAUCACUUCGACAUCAACGCCGCCUCGGAAUACGCGGAGACCAUCGUGGCCAAGUGCAUCGACACGUACACGUCUCUGAGAAACGAAGGCCGACCGGUGGAUCCUCGACUGGAGGCGGUCGUGGAUCGCAUGUUCCAGCGGUGUUUCGCCCACGGUCAGUACAAGCAGGCGUUGGGGAUCGCCCUGGAGACGAAGAGGAUGGACGUCUUUGAGCGGGUCGUCCUGGAUUCCGGGGAUCCCCAGGGGAUGCUCUCGUACGCUUUUCGAGUCGCCAUGACCCUCAUCCAGAACCGCCAGUUCCGCGGCGAGGUCCUCCGGAGCCUGGUGAAAUUGUACCACGGAUUGCCGGCUCCGGAUUACAUCAGCAUGAGCCAGUGCCUCAUCUUCCUCGACGAUCCCCUCGCUGUCGGGGACAUCCUGGACGUUCUCGUACGAGACCGGGAUGACCGCGGAGAACUCAUGGCCUACCAACUCGCUUUCGACCUGUACGAGAGCGCCUCCCAGCAGUUUCUGGCUCGAGUUCUGCAGGCGUUGGAGGCAUCGGCACCCAUCCCCGGACGAGUGGGGAAGCGAGGAAGGAAGGAGAAGGAAGAGAAAGAGCCCGAGAAGGAGAAGAAAGAGGAGGGGAAAGGAGGCGGAGAAGAGGCAACGAAGUCGUCUGUCUCCAAGACCUUGGAGAGUCUGGGAACGGAGGACAAGCUGAGGCAGGAGCGACUGGAGCGACUGGGAACGAUCCUCGGCGGCGACCUCCCCAUAUCGUUACACCUCCAGUUCCUCAUCCGCGCCAAUCGUUCGGAUCUCCUCGUCCUGAAGAACACUAAGGACACGGUGCGGGUGAGCGUGUGCCAUACGGCCACCGUGAUCGCCAACUCCCUCAUGCACUGCGGCACCACGUCGGACGCCUUCCUCCGCGAGAACCUGGACUGGCUGGCGCGAGCCACCAACUGGGCCAAGUUCACGGCGACAGCCUCGCUCGGGGUCAUCCACCGGGGUCACGAGAGCGAUUCCCUCGCCCUCAUGCAGGCGUAUCUGCCUCGUGACUCAGGGGGAUCCGGAGCUGGGUACUCGGAGGGAGGAGGACUCUACGCCCUCGGUCUCAUCCAUGCCAACCACGGCCACGCCAUCACGGAUUAUCUCCUCGAGAAGCUGAAGGAAGCUACCAACGAGACGGUGCGACACGGCGGAUGCCUCGGCCUGGGACUGGCCGCGAUGGGGACUCAGCGAGCCGACGUCUACGAACAACUCAAAUUUCAACUCUAUCAGGUCUCAAUCUCUUGCCUUGCUCUCCCGUUCGGGCUCCGAGAGCCCGCGCGAGGAAGGAUCGGACAAGGGCAAUCGCUCUCGACGGAGACUUCCGAAUCGCGGGCGAUCCGAAAGGCGGCGGGCAUCGCGAUGGGCCUGGUGAUGUUGGGUUCCAAGUCCCCUCAGGCGAUCGAGGACAUGGUGGCGUACGCCCAGGAAACCCAGCACGAGAAGAUCCUCCGGGGUCUGGCCGUCGGGAUCGCGCUCACCGCCUACGGUCGACUGGAGGAAGCGGAUCCGCUCAUCACUUCGCUGUCCAGGGACAAGGAUCCCGUCCUGCGUCGCAGCGCCAUGUACACCGUCGCCGUCGCUUACGCCGGCACCGGCAACAACAAGGCCAUCCGGAAGCUCCUGCACGUCGCCGUGUCGGACGUGAACGAGGACGUGCGACGUGCAGCCGUGGAGGCGCUGGGCUUCAUCCUCUUCCGCACCCCGGAGCAAGUUCCGAGCGUCGUCUCUCUCCUGGCGGAGAGCUACAACCCCCACGUGAGAUACGGAGCCGCCCUGGCCCUCGGAAUCGCCUGCGCCGGGACGGGACUGUCGUCGGCCGUCUCCCUCCUGGAGCCCCUCUGCAACGAUCCGGUCAACUACGUGCGGCAGGGGGCCCUCGUCGCGUCCGCGCUCGUGCUCGUCCAACAGACCGAGCCGCUCUGCCCCAAGGUCAAGGACUUCCGCAAUCUCUACACCAAGGUCAUCGGAGACAAGCACGAGGACGUGAUGGCCAAGUUCGGAGCCAUCCUCGCUCAAGGGAUCAUGGAUGCCGGAGGAAGGAACAUGACGGUGUCUCUGCAGUCCAGGACCGGUCACACGUCCAUGCUCUCCGUGGUCGGGAUGCUCGUCUUCACGCAGUUCUGGUACUGGUUCCCGCUCGCCCACUUCCUGUCGCUCGCCUUCACGCCGACCUGUUUGAUCCUCCUCAACAAGGACCUCAAGAUGCCCAAGGUCGGCAUCAAGAGCAACGUGAAGCCGUCGCUCUUCGCAUAUCCCCCGCCGCUCCAGGAGAAGAAGAAGGAGGAACGGGAAAAGGUGACGACAGCCGUAUUGAGCAUCACCGCCAAGCAGAAGCGAAGGCUGAAGGGGUCCGAACCCAUGCAAGUGGACACCCUUCCCCCAUCCGACAAGGAGAAGGAAAAGGAAAAGGAGAAAGAGAAGGAGAAGGAAAAGGAAGAGAAAGAGAAAGAGAAAGAGAAGGAAAAGGAAGAGCUCGAGGCAUGUUGGGGGAUGCUGGAGAACCCGGCUCGGGUGCUGAAGCCGCAAUUGAAUCACGUGGGAUUGUCGGAGGAAAGCGCGAAGCGGUGGGAACCCGUGAAGGAUCUCACCGUCGGCGGAGUGAUCCUCCUGUGGGACAAGAAACCCUCGGAACCGGAGGAUCUCGUUCAACCCGUCACCGCGCACGGCCCUCAGGUGGAAGCCGAGGGAGAAGAACCCCCUCCUCCGGAACCCUUCGAAUACAAGGAAGACUGAACGCGUCUCGCACUGCUUCGUGCUUCGAUUUGUCGAGAUAUGAGAGAAACUUAAAACGAGUUGGAAUAAAUAUGCAAAAGUCCCGA